AUGGGUAAAGGAAAGCCAAGAGGUCUCAACGCCGCGCGCAAGCUGCGCAACCACCGCCGUGAGCAGCGCUGGGCCGAUCUGUCCUUCAAGAAGCGUCUUUUGGGAACCGCCUUCAAGUCCUCGCCGUUCGGUGGAUCCUCCCACGCCAAGGGUAUCGUCCUCGAGAAGGUCGGUGUUGAGGCCAAGCAGCCCAACUCGGCUAUCCGAAAGUGUGUCCGUGUCCAGUUGAUCAAGAACGGAAAGAAGGUCACUGCUUUCGUCCCCAACGACGGUUGCUUGAACUUUGUCGACGAGAACGACGAAGUGCUCCUCGCUGGUUUCGGUCGCAAGGGCAAGGCCAAGGGUGAUAUUCCCGGUGUCCGUUUCAAGGUCGUCAAGGUUUCCGGUGUCGGUCUGUCGGCUCUGUGGAAGGAGAAGAAGGAGAAGCCCAGGUCGUAA